AUGACAGAGGCAUUCAAGCAAAACAGGUUCAUCGAGAACGAGUUUGGCCGUAUCGAAGAGGCUCUGGCCCGAUGCAAACAGCUUACCAGCACUCUGUUCACUCUCAAGCGAUUGGGAUCAGUGCAACAGAAUAGCACCAGCGAAAACAUUCCAAACAUGCGCACUGUUCGAGAACCGACUGCCGCAGAACGUAGUCAUUUGUUCGAGCGCAUAGUUGCCAUUCAACCGGACCACGAAGCUCGAGUGAAUAGCAUUCAGGGGGUACUGAUCACAAAACCUAACACCGGAAGUGCCUAA